UUGAGCCGCAUUCUCGCAGCCAAUCCGGGCCAUCGGCUGCAAUUGCCCUGCAUGUUCCCCCGCCUGCCAAGCGCCAACACUGCCAACCGUUAUAAGCUCAGCUGAAGCAUCUUUCUUCCCAACGUUCAACCUCUUGCAUCCCCACCAAACCCACCAUGUCGUCGCUGUACUCCGUCUACAAAUGCACUACAUGCGCCGAAAUAAUCCAACCGACAAAACCCCGCCUGUCAUGUCCCGCCUGCGCACCAAAAGUCCACCUCUGCGCCGCCUGCUACGUCGUGCAGGAGUAUCCCACCCAGCAUGUCGAGGAGGACCCCACGCAUGAAAUGAUCCUCUUCAAGCAUAGCGGCUUCCUCCCUGUCCCGCCGCCGCCUCCGCCACGGUCAAGACCGCAGGCUCCGAUUCACGUUCAGGUGCGCCAUCCGGUUCCGCCUCCGCCGUCGAAUCCGCCGCUGAAUGGGCCUUCGACUGCGGUGCCGAGGCGUAGACCGACUUCUGCUUCGUACAGCGAGGUUCCGCCAAGGAAGCCGCCGAGGCCUGUCACGGUUGAGACGGUGAAUGAGCCCGAGGAGCCACUAAGGGAGCAGACGUACAUUCCGUCUACGUCUGGCCCUAGUCCUUUGGCUACGCCUAUUCCUAUGCCGACUCCUGGGCACACGCCGACCCCUCCGCCGCAGACGCCAUUGUCGCAGAAUACGUCGUAUACUCCGGGCCCGCCUCCAGGCCCGCCUCAGUAUCCUCCGCCGCCGUCAGAUCAGAUACCAUCCCACGUUCCACCGCAGGCUCCGUACCAGCCUCAGAGCUAUACUCCCAUGUCACCGCAGGGACCCCCUCAAGCGUCGCCGCAGAAUCCACCACAGCAUGACCCUCUGCAGACACCGCCGCAGACUUAUUACCAAGGGUCGGACCAGGUACCCCCUCAGGGCCCUCCCCAGGGACCACCGCAAGGUCCUCCCUCGAGCUACGGUCCUCCUCCACCCCAGCCCGAUCCGCACCAGCCCACCGGCUCUGGCUGGACCCCCUUCUUCAACCCGGACAUGACACCAACCCCAAUCUUCUUCCGCACCGUCGAAGAAAUCUUCUAUAGCUUCGACACGCAGAGGACAGGAUACCACACCCCAGAGGUGUUUUCAGAGUACAUCGACGCAUGCGGCGCACCGCCAAGUCACAAUAUCUGGAAAACCAGCCUCGCCCAGAACAACAGCACGGACAUCGCCGACCGCGAACUAACCGACCACUUCACCGCGUACUCGGUCGACUUCGCCCUGCGCCCACGAACCCCGACCUCGUCAUCCACCUCCUCAACCCUCAACCGCCUCUCGCGGAUGAUGCCCACAAACCUCGAGGGCCUCAUGUCCUCCAUCUCCGUCUCCGGCGGCAAGAAACCCCUCCUCUCCCUGCGCGGCUUCACAUCGCUCACCAUCACCGGCGCGCUCCUCAACCCCUCGGCGGCGUGGGGCCAGAUGUCGCGCGUCUUAAGGGAGAGAGGCAUCCCGAUCUACCGGGAGAAUGGCGAGCUGCCGCGCGACAUCUUCCCGCUUGCGCCGUACCAGCCCGAGGUGGAGAGGGUGCGGAUCCUGCAUGAGGGGGCUAGAGCGAAUGCGCAGAGGGAGGUGGAUGCUGUGCAUGCAAGGUUGAAGCUGGAGCAGCGCGGGCAGCAGAACGCGUUGGAUUUGCUGGAUGAUCGGGUCUGGGUUUAUCGGUAGAGUUCUUUUGUUUUGGCUUUGGUUGGACGCGGCCGUGAGGUUGGACGGGAUCGAUUCUGGGGACGCACUUGCAGGGUGGGGUGAUUCCCUGUGUAUGUUUUUAGUGGAGUUGUUUGGACUGAUUUACUCGAUAAGAGAGUCAUCUCAAUGGAAUACUCCAUGUAAUUCCAGAUAAUUUCACUCUAACAGACCAGGAAUACUGGUUCGUUGAUCAUAAUACUUGCUGUACCAAGGUGUAUAUUUCCGGCAUAUAUAUGUUCGUGGUGUAAUCCACCCGCCUCAGAAACUAGUAAAGAUUAUCCUCGAAUGCACAUGCAUGCCCAUGAUAGACAUGAUAAGUUGUCUCCAGAGCGCACGGCCUGUACCUUGGUAGACAUACAUAGAUGCCCAACCCCUGAAUCAAUAGACACACAUGGCUGGGGAACGGAAAGAAACCACCUUGCGAAGGGAGGGAGUUCGAAGAGACAUCUUUUCCCCGGACGACAAGGUACUGUAAAGAUAAACAGAAGGCCCUGGCCAUCCGUCAAGACUCGCAACGCC